AUCAGUAAAAUAUCGAUAGUUACAAGAUUAUUAAUUUACUCCUGGACUAAUCAGUAAAAUAUCGAUAGUUACAAGAAUGGCGGGAUUAUCGUUCUUAUUUCUUUUAUUUUCCGCAAAUUUAAUCGUAUUCUCCCGCAGAUAUUUAAUACAAACUGUAGAAGCUCCGGAAAAAAUAGAAAAAAUAAACACACAAAUUCAUGAGAGACAGCUGCCAGUUUCAAAAUUGCAACCUCUUCCUUUAACAAAUGGAGUAGAUGGCAUGGAUUAUUUUGUUAACAAUUGUGGAAGUAUUGAAUGUAAUUGCGAGGAGAAAAACAGAAGAAAAAGAUCGAUUGAAAUGAGCUUUUGCUGUUUGUGUGGAUCCAUUACAACAAUUUAAAACCUAUAAUUCAGAAGUCAAUCCAAAACUAGACAAGAAGCUUUCAAAAGGAAUUGAGUUUUUGCCACAAAUUCUGAUUUUCUAACCUCCAUAUCUUUUUAAUCCAAUGUCGUAGAC